AUGACUCUCCCAAAUAAAACAACCUUUGAACGUAUCCAUUAUAUCUAUAGCAGAGAUAACAAAACCUUCUUGACUUUGCGCAAGCAAAAGUUUGCAGAUGCAACUGCUGAAGAGAUUUGGGCUGCAAUUUCCAAAAGCAAGACGUACGGAUCUCUGGAGGUGAGUGUCAGGGAUCUUGGCGAUUGGCUCUCUUUUGAAACCACAAAUGGCAAAACAAUAGUUGGUGUCAUCACCGAAAACUUUAGUCCAUCUCAUUUUGAUUUAUGGUUUAUCCUGACCGUCUUGAAGAACAGUAUCAUCGCUCACCACGGCUCUACAGAUCCAGACCAAGGGUUGAUAUAUGCUGAGGCAAUAACUGAGGUGUUUGAGCUGACUCUUAGAAAUGUUGCCAGGACUGAUAGAUGGUCGGAGGGUAAAGACAAUUUUAUCAAGAAUGUGCACUUCUUCACAUCGAGAAAUGCACCGAUUUUAUCUGUCCUUCCUGCUUUCCCUUGCAAGUCCCCAAACGAAGAUAAAGUGGCUUCAUGUCUUCCUGAUAAAGGUGAGGAGCUUGCUCUUAGAAGAAUUAUUGACUUUGUGUCUACUAUUCAAAAGAUAUAUCCACCAGGUAUGAAGUUCUAUCUUGUCAGUGAUGGGCAUGUCUUUAGUGACUGUAUUCACGUUGACGACGAGAUGGUUGAUUUAUACUUCAUGAAACUUGAAGCAAUAUACCAAGAGAUUAAACCACCAGGAUUCGAUGGAAUAGUCUUCAGAGGUCUCAAUGACUGCUUUGAAUCUGACCAAAGAUCCAUUGUGGCAGAAUUGUUGAACACUGUGGAGGUGGAUCACCACAUUCCUACCCAGUUGGAUGUGGAGACCGAAUUGAACAGAAAGGUUUUGAUGCUUGGAUGUGACGACAAUGCUGAUCUUUUGAGAAAGCAGAUUAUGACACCAAACCACCCUCGUCUUUAUUUGUAUCGUGGUUUUAACAAGUUCAUGUGUGAGGAUCUUUCAAAGACCGCUUUUGCCAAGAGUAUCUCCAGAAAGAAAUACAAGAAGUUGGUUCUGCAAGUUGCUUUUGAAAUGAUCAGAAGAAACGACGCUUACUCUAACUUGGUGGAGCUUAUUUUCCCCUUCCAUUUGAGAUUCUCCAUCCAUGCUCACCACAAUGCGGGACCAAAAUAUGGUGUGCGUUUACUUGAUCCCGAAAUUUGCACCAUGUCUGGCCAUGACCAAAAUGAAGAGGACAGAUUGCUUCAUAUUCCCACCCCAUGGCAUAAUAGCGUUUUCAAGAUGGUUGAGUCUAACAAGUAUAUCAUAUCGCCAUCAAAGUUGGCCAAAGAGCUAGAGGGAAAUCCUAAAAUCAAGGGUGGCUGGGAUGCUGAUGAAAAAUUGUUUCUCUACCGCGAGGUUUAG